AUGCCAGACAGCACAGCAACAUCGCCGGCGGCAGCAUCGCCGGCAGAGGCCACUGAUGUCAAGCCAGAAAUCAUCCGGCGGCCCUCUCUCCUCAUGAAACCCACUGAAACCGGCUCGGCUGGCUCACCACAACCGCCAACACCAGGCACGCUAAGUCUCACAUCCAAAGAAUGGAUAAUACCGCCUCGGCCCAAGCCCGGCAGGAAGCCCGCAACAGACACUCCCCCAAGCAAGAGAAAGGCACAGAAUCGAGCAGCACAGCGGGCUUUCCGCGAAAGGCGCGCGGCACGAGUCAAUGAGCUCGAAGAUCAGAUCAAGGAGAUCGAAGACACGCAUGACAAGGAAUGCGAAGGCCUACAAGCGCAGGUCACGCUGCUUGAGAAGCAAGUCAAUCAGUAUCGUGGCGAGCUCGAAGCCUGGGCAGAGCGAUGUCGGAAGCUUGAGAGCGAGCUGGCUGCUUUCCGAUCUGCUAGGUCACCUCAUCAUACACAGCCUGCCGGUGUGGCUGGUGACACAAGCGUGGGUUGUGGCAACUGCACUCUGGAGUCCAGAUGUCAGUGUAUCGAUGAGGCUUUCGACGCUGUAGCUGCGGAAGAGUACUCUGGAACCACAGGUCAUGCCAAGAGGCCACAUUCAUCUGCUGGAGGGCAAACGGGAAAGAGAAUCAAGAUGGAGCCUCAAGAAUCCCUGGAGAUUGACUUCACGUCUCUGUACGCAAGACGGCCGGCUGUGUCUAGUGCAGAAGAUGUCUCACCGUCGACCUCUACUGUCGUGGCAGAUCCGUGCGGGUUCUGCUCGGAUGGCACACCUUGUAUCUGUGCUGAAAUGCAGGCAGAGCAAGAAGCAAGAGCUGCCCAUGGAACAGCACGACCAACCGCCUCUAAUCAUCGCGGUGGCCUGCCACUGUCUCAAUUCACACCUCCGCCCUCCGACGGCGAUGUGUCCAUGAGCAGCGCCUCUCUUCCGCCACCAGGAGGUGUGGCUGUUGACAAUCCAUGUGCUAAUGGUCCGGGCACGUGCGCGCAAUGCCGUGCCGAUCCAAACAGCACACUGUUCUGCAAGUCGCUCGCUGCUUCACGAUCUCAGUCUGCAGGUGGUCAACAGUCAUCCGGUUGCUGUGGAGGACGCACGGCGUCUGGAGGCUGCUGUCAAUCACAAUCAGGUGACCCCACUGAUGCGGUGCCACUUCCUCGUCGAGGAGCUCGUCAGACCCGCGCCAAUGCACGGUCCAAGACUGGCACAACCUAUGGAAACGAGUCGAGAGAAGAUUCUGAUGCUGCUCGGUCCAGCACUGUCACAUUGACCUGCGCUGAUGCUUACACGACCCUGUCCCGACACCCAGCGUACGAGCGCGCAUCGGCAGAGAUCACGAGUUGGAUGCCGAAGCUGCAUGCUUCGGAUAGCCCGCUCCCGCAUCCUGGAAAGGGCCAUGCCGUGGGAGCCCGCCGUCCGGCUAUGGAGAUCGAUGCGGCGAAUGUCAUGGCCGUGCUUAAGGAUUUCGAUCGGCGCUUUGGUAGGAACGACUGA